CCCCCCCUCUCUCGCUCGGUUUUCCUGCCGGGCUGCUGCGUUGCGCGCUGCGGGGCCACACUGCGACCGCACCGAGGAGGAAGAGGAGAAAAGCCGCGGCGUUGAAGGGGGGGCCAUCCGGAGCCAGAGCGGCGGAGCGCCACGAAGAAGGAGAAGAAGAAGGAGAAGAGGAGGAGGAGGAGGAGGAGGCUGUGAGGAUAAAAAAAAAAAAAAAAAAAAAGCGGAGAAUUCGGAGACGCGGCAGCGGCGGCGGCGGCAGAAGGCGGAGACGCGUCACACACCGCGCUGUUCUGUUCCUCCCUCCAUCUCUGAGUCCGAGUCCAGGAGAGCCGAAGAGGAGCUCCGAGCCGAGCAGGAGGACGCGCACAGGACAUCUUCGGGGAAUCUCGGAGCGACGCGGCGUCGGAAACCUCCCCCCCUCCCCCCCGGACCAGGGCCGAUUCUCCGUGUUUCAGCAGGCAGCGGCGCGGCGACACCAUGAAGGACCGUACGGCGGAACUGCGAAGCGCUAAGGACAGUGACGAUGAUGAGGAGGUGGUGCAGGUGGACAGGGACCACUUCAUGGACGAGUUCUUCGAGCAGGUGGAGGAGAUCCGAGGCUGUAUAGAGAAGCUGUCGGAGGAUGUGGAGCAGGUCAAGAAGCAGCACAGCGCCAUCCUGGCCGCACCCAACCCUGACGAAAAGACCAAGCAGGAGUUGGAGGACCUCACAGCUGACAUCAAGAAGACAGCCAAUAAAGUUCGCUCAAAAUUAAAAGCAAUCGAGCAGAGCAUCGAGCAGGAGGAGGGUCUCAACAGAUCAUCAGCAGAUCUCCGAAUCCGCAAGACACAGCACUCGACGCUGUCACGUAAGUUUGUGGAGGUGAUGACUGAGUACAACACCACGCAGUCCAAGUACCGUGAUCGCUGCAAGGACCGUAUCCAGAGACAGCUGGAGAUCACUGGAAGAACCACCACCAACGAGGAGCUGGAGGACAUGUUGGAGAGUGGCAAACUGGCCAUCUUCACCGAUGAUAUCAAGAUGGACUCUCAAAUGACCAAACAGGCUCUGAAUGAGAUCGAGACCCGACACACUGAGAUCAUCAAGCUGGAAAACAGCAUUCGCGAGCUGCAUGACAUGUUUGUCGACAUGGCCAUGCUGGUGGAAAGUCAGGGAGAGAUGAUUGACAGAAUUGAGUACAACGUGGAGCACUCCGUCGACUACGUGGAGCGAGCCGUCUCAGACACCAAGAAGGCCGUCAAAUACCAGAGCCAGGCCCGCAAGAAGAAGAUCAUGAUCAUCAUCUGCUGCGUCAUCCUCGGCGUAGUCCUGGCGUCGUCCAUCGGCGGCACGCUGGGCUUUUAAGACACUCCGCCCCCGCCGCCACGAUGAUCGACGCCGACCGACCGUCCGACCGACAGCCAGCAGAGAAAAAGAAACACCGACGACGACGACAACAACACAAAAACUUGAAAUACAGAUGCAAGACAGAAAACCAAUCAGCUAGGAAGAGAUAAAGGAAGCAAUCACAGAUCAGAGGAAAGAGCAGGGAACGGGCGGGGCUCCAAAACUGAGAAAAACACAAUAAAAACACCAUCACAUUAUAGCUGACGUAACUAUACCGCAUAUACAAAAGAGGGUACAAAGAAACCUAUUUAUUAAACAUGUACAUGUAAAUGUAUUGAACAUAUGAAGCAACACUUGGGUUAGCUACCUGUACAAACCUAGAAUCCCACAUUCACUUGUUUGUUUGUUUUGCCUUGAUUCUUAUUUUUUAACCGUUUCUUUCGUUUUUUCGGGAGUCUCCGAAGACAGCCACGGUGACAGCUGCAGGGUGGGAGGCCCUCUGAGCUCUCAGCUC